AUGGCGUACGGAGGUGGUUCUAGUGGAAAACUUCCAAGUGAUGAUAUUGGUUGGAAAUUUGGAAUUCCACUAGAAAAUAAUAGGCAUAAAAUUAUGUGUAAAUUUUGUGGAAAAGAGCUAAAUGGUGGUAUAACUAGGUUGAAGCAACAUUUGGCCCAUAGGAAAGGUCAAGUCGCACCUUGUGCUAAUGUCAGUGGUGCAGUUCGAACACUAAUGACGAAUCAUUUGAAUAAUUAUAAGGGCAAAAAGCUUGACAAAAGGAAGAUGAAUAAGGAAUUGACAGAACAAAUUAGAGCCAGUCAGUGUGAUGAUGAUGAAAAUGAUGAUGAGGAUUUAGAAAUGGUUAUGGCCCGACAAAAUAGGGCUAGUGAUAUUGAGGUUGCACCUUCUCUUGGUUUUGCUCGGACCAAAGGCAACAAACAAUCCAAACUCUCCUCUAGAUUCUUGAAAGAAGCAAAAAAAAAAUUAGGAAGAGCAGUUAGCCAGUUUGUAUUGUUCACUCCAGUGCCUACUAAUAUUGUUAAUUCUAAAUGGCUAAAACCAAUGUUGGAUACUGCAAGAGAGGUUGGAAAAGGAACAAAGCUACCUACUUCUUAUGAAGUAACUGAAGUGUAUUUACCAAUGGAGUAUGAAGCUUUACUAAAUUGGAUAAAAUCUCAUAAACCUAGUUGGGCUGAGAGAGGUGUUACAAUUAUGUGUGAUGGAUGGUCUGGGCCCACAAGAAAGCACAUUGUUAAUUUUCUUAUGUGUAGCAAUGGUGGAACAAUUUUUCAGAAGCCUAUGGAUGUAACUAAUGUAUCUAGUAGGACAGCUAAUUAUUACUUGGGCCUCAUGGACAAGGUAGUGGAUGAAAUUGGAGAAGAAUAUGUUGUGUAA